AUUAAUAGAAAUAUGCAUUUCCAUAAUAUCACCUUUGAACUAAUGAAGUGGAAGUACAGAUGAAAACAGUCUGGAGGAAGCUUGAAGUACAAUACAGUUGCAUUCAGUUUCCUAAUUCUGAGGUAAGGAAACGAGGUUGGGAAAGUUACAAAAUCAUCUUUGCAGUCAAGCACCAAAUCUUGUAUUAGGCUUCACCGAGCAGACUGAGCUUAACACUUGUCAAGCAGAAGGUGCAGUUGCCUUGCACAGGAAGGAUUAAAAGUGAACAAUGACUCGACUGAGAGUUUAUGAGCGAUUGCUUGGAGCCUACCUGCUUAUCAUUCUCCAUGUUCAAGGUCAAAAUCGAGACAGCAUGCUUCAUGGCACAGGAAUGAAGACGAAUCCUGACCAAAAGAAACAAGCAAAUGGAGUAACUCUUGCUCCAGAGGACACUUUACCUUUUCUUAAGUGCUACUGCUCAGGACAUUGUCCAGAUGAUGCUAUUAAUAAUACCUGCAUAACUAAUGGACAUUGUUUUGCUAUCAUUGAGGAAGAUGAACAUGGAGAACCCACACUUGCUUCUGGCUGCAUGAAGUAUGAAGGUUCAGACUUUCAGUGCAAGGACUCGCCAAAAGCACAAUUACGUCGAACAAUUGAAUGCUGUCGAACUGAUUUCUGCAAUCAGGAUUUACAGCCAACAUUACCACCACUUGAUAGUGCAGAUGGACUUUUUGAUGGCAGCAUUCGGUGGAUGGCAGUGUUGAUUUCUAUGGCAGUCUGCAUAAUUGUCAUGAUCAUCUUACUUAGCUGCUUUUGUUACAAGCAUUACUGUAAGUCGAUGGCAAAGAGACACUGUUAUAAUCGUGACCUGGAACAAGAUGAAGCGUUUAUUCCAGCUGGGGAGUCAUUAAAAGACCUGAUUGACCAGUCACAGAGUUCUGGGAGUGGAUCAGGACUACCGUUGUUGGUUCAGCGCACUAUUGCCAAACAAAUUCAGAUGGUGAGGCAGGUUGGAAAAGGAAGAUAUGGUGAAGUGUGGAUGGGCAAGUGGAGGGGUGAAAAAGUCGCAGUGAAAGUGUUUUUCACCACAGAAGAAGCCAGUUGGUUUCGAGAAACAGAGAUUUACCAAACUGUUUUAAUGCGGCAUGAAAACAUCCUUGGUUUCAUAGCUGCAGAUAUUAAAGGCACUGGCUCCUGGACACAGCUUUACUUGAUUACAGAUUAUCAUGAAAAUGGAUCAUUGUAUGAUUUUCUGAAAUGCACUACACUAGACAACAGGGCUCUCCUCAAACUGGCAUAUUCUGCUGCGUGUGGUCUGUGCCAUCUGCACACAGAAAUUUAUGGGACACAAGGCAAGCCUGCUAUUGCACACAGGGAUCUGAAGAGUAAAAACAUCUUGAUAAAGAAAAAUGGAACCUGCUGCAUUGCUGACUUGGGUCUUGCAGUCAAAUUUAACAGUGACACAAACGAAGUUGAUGUUCCCUUGAAUACUAGAGUGGGAACAAAACGUUACAUGGCUCCAGAGGUCCUAGAUGAAAGCCUAAAUAAAAACCAUUUCCAACCAUACAUCAUGGCUGACAUCUACAGUUUUGGGCUGAUCAUUUGGGAAAUGGCUCGGCGCUGUGUCACAGGAGGUAUUGUUGAAGAGUAUCAGUUGCCGUAUUAUGACAUGGUGCCAAAUGAUCCUUCUUACGAGGACAUGAGAGAAGUGGUGUGUGUCAAACGCCUCCGCCCAGUAGUAUCGAAUAGAUGGAAUAGUGAUGAAUGUUUAAGGGCAAUAUUGAAAUUAAUGUCUGAAUGCUGGGCUCAUAAUCCUGCCUCAAGGCUCACUGCUUUGAGGAUCAAGAAGACGCUUGCCAAGAUGGUGGAAUCACAAGAUGUAAAGAUUUGACAUAGUAAAUUGACAUUGGAGAGCAAAGCUGGACUCCUCAAUCUUUUCACUCAAACAUGGGUGAGACCUAUGUGGAAAGAGGAAAUAACUGAGAUUCAGUAUAUUUUCUCAGCACACUUCUACAGGCUGCUAAUCAAAUCUUUCAGUACUUCAUAGACUGUGAUACUGAGAGCCUCGCUACAGUACAUGCUACGUAUAUGGACAGCCUUGAUAAAAUACACGUUUUGGUUUUGUUUGAGCUGCAUUGAGACUCGUCAUACUUAGUGAGUCUC